AUGAAUUACCUUUUCGGCACCAGACGAAACUUUAAUAUAUCUAGAUUCAAAAAUACAUUCAUAAGUCAUACAUACAAAGGGAACAAUGUGAAGGAGCAGCAUUGUAAUAAAUUAUCCUUUAGCACAAAAAAUAAUACGCAUAAUAAUGAUAAUAACAGUAGCAACUCCUUAAAUUAUAAAUUUUCCAAAAAAGGACAAGACGAAAAAGAGUCAAAUUUUUUUUCAAAUCCAAAUUAUAAAGUAAUUAAUUCACAACCAAAAAGAAAUUUAAGCGUUUUCGGAUAUAACAGAGGAAAACUGUUUGUGAGCAUCAAGAAAGACUUCACCAGUUUUGUUGUUAAUUCGUUAAUCAUCUUUGUCUUCCUUUACUCCGUUUACACAUUAGCACCCAAUGAAACUGUCUCGCAAAGAAGAAAAAGAAUUAUCACAGAGAGAUUGAUGAAAGAAUAUGAUAUUUCUGCGAGUGAUCUUGAAAUGAUUGAGCAACUGGAUGAAGUAGCAGAAGAGUAA